CCUUGCUGUGCCCGGACAGAUUUGUUCUUGAGACACUGACUGCUGCAGCUGUGCUGUACACGCACUAGAUUAGGAAAGCAUGUCUCCAGGGGCCAUCACAGAUGAGGAAGCGAGCUUGAUCAGUCAGGUCCGCGAGGCUCACUUCCCCAGCGGGACCGAGUCUUAUGGGCUGCCACUAGAUGAUGCCGUGUUGGUGAGGUACCUCCGCGCAAGGGAAGGGAGCAUCGAGAAGGCGGCAGCGAUGCUGACAGCUACGUUGGAGUGGAGGCGCGAGUUCGGUUUCCCCGAGGUUUUUUCCAAGGAGAUGGACGUGAUAAGGAAGGAGAACUCAACGGGUAAGAACUACGUGAGCGGUUUCGACAGCCACGGCCGGCCGAUCCUCGUGCUGAGACCAAGAUGUGAAAACACUACCGACCACGACGGAAACAUCAAGCACAUCGUGUACCAGUUGGAACGCACGAGGGCUAUCUUGCAGAGGACGUCCGACGGUUUGGGCAAGGCCUGCGUAAUCAUCGACUACGUCGGCUUCACUCUCCGGAACGCCCCGAAGAUGAAGACAAGCAUGGCGACCCUCAACAUCCUGCAGAACCACUACCCGGAGACGCUCGGACAGGCGUUCUUCAUCUCGCCGCCCGUCGUCUUCAAGGGCUUCUGGAAGGUGAUCUACCCGUUUAUCGACAAGGACACCAAGGAGAAGUUUACCUUUGUUCCGGGCAGCGCGACAUCGCCGGCCGCGCAAGAGGUCCUCGCCAAGAACUUUGACAUGGAUGUGCUCGAGGAGGGAAUCGGAGGAAAGUACGCAACAAAGUUUGACUCCUCGAUCUACCUGGCGGCGCCGUUGGAUCAAGACUACCGGGAAGCCCUCUUGCUAACAAAUUCAGGAACAGGGGCCAGCUAACUCUGUGCCGUGACGUUUGACGAGCCUUACAGCGACGGGUGGCGCGGGACCCUGCGUUUUCGGUUAGCGACGGGUGGGGUCGGGCCCUGGUCUCGGAGAAAGGGCACGGUGGCCGCCUGCCUCAAAAAGUAACAUUCCUGGACAAUUCUGUGGCCACAUUUUUGGUGAUCACGCCGCAUCACUUUUCAGCCAACGUGGUCAUUAAACUGAUCAAACAGCACAGUUGGAACACGAGUGGCUUGUCGGUGGCAAUUGAGGACGUGUGUGUGGAGUC